CCACAGCUCACAGUGCCAUCCCCAAGCCUUACAAGUAGCCAUCCUUUCUCUCACUGCCUCCACUUCCUAAAUUACCCCCAAAACCAAAAAAUCCCACAGUUUCUCUUUCUUUCUUUCUCCAAUACUACAUUUUCUUUUUUGUUCUCUCACACCAUAUUUAUUGAGAAAAUCAAUACUACUUAAAAAGUCUUUCAAACUGGCGAUCGACAACCAAGAAGCCCCAAUCUGUGAAAUCAAGCCUAAGAACAGGCGUAUCAUGGGACCUGAUGAGGAUGACAAUAGAUGGCCUCCAUGGUUGAAACCAUUAUUGAGGGAACGAUUCUUUGUUCAAUGCAAGUUACACGCUGAUUCCCACAAGAGUGAAUGCAAUAUGUAUUGCCUUCAAUGUAUCAAUACUCCUCUCUGCUCUCUCUGUUUAGCCCAUCACAAAGAUCAUCCUGUCAUUCAGAUAAGGAGGUCAUCUUACCAUGAUGUGAUUAGAGUGAAUGAGAUUCAGAAGUAUUUAGACAUUUCUUCAGUCCAAACAUACAUUAUCAACAGUGCCAAGGUUGUUUUCUUGAAUGAAAGGCCACAGCCUAGGCCUGGAAAAGGGGUCACUAAUACCUGUCAAGUAUGUGAAAGGAGUCUUCUUGAUUCCUUCAAAUUCUGCUCUCUUGGUUGUAAGAUUGUUGGGACCUCAACUAAUUUCGUGAAGAAGAAGAAGAAGCCGAAGAAUUCGCCGGAGAAGAAGAUGUUGCCGGCGGCGGAAUCUGAAGACUCUUACAGUAGUAGCAGCAGCAGCCAUGGCCGGCGAAACAAGAUUCAGAGUUUCACUCCGUCAACGCCCCCUCCAACUUCUGCUAUUUACAAAACGGCCAAGCGUAGAAAGGGAAUUCCUCAUAGAGCCCCAACAGGAGGACUAUUCAUAGAAUAUUAAUCUUUGCAAUCCCAGUCCUUUAAUUUACAAUCUAAAAUGCAUAAUGUCUAUACAAAUAUACUGCCUAGUUUAUCAAGAAUUGCAACUUUUCCAAAACCCAUCAAACACUAGUGCUUUCUCCAAAAAAAAAAGGCCAGUGUUUUAGAGCUCUUCGUCCAUAAGGAGCAGUAUUGUAUAUAGUUGUUAGGAUUAAAAUAGGGUAUGUGACAAAUUGGAGGUGUGGAAGUUGAAAUAAGAAAAAGUGUAAGGUCUAAUAACGUUGGGCUUAGAAAAUAAGCUUUAUAGUUUGAUGAACUACUUAUUUUAGCUAUUGUUUAAACAUAAAUUCUGAAUGUCUCUUUGAGCCUGUAUAAUCUAAAAUGUAAAUAUAUUGUAUUGUGAUUAUUAGAAUACUUAACACCGUGUCGACAUUUGGAAUA